AAGCAGCUCAGGCAGGCAGUUCCCCUUCGCCACUUUCUCGCUCCUUUCCUUGGGCCUCGUCCUGACUGUGAUUCGGCUGGAGGCUGUGGUCCAUGGACCCCAAUGAAAUGUCUGCUCCCCAACACUGCCCUGCUGACUCUGCCCCAGGGGAUGAGACCAGAGCCCCCCAGAGCACAGAGCUUAUCCCCAGGAGACCUGUCAGUCGCUCUCCAACCUGUGCCCGCUGUCGUAAUCAUGGUGUCACAGCCCAUCUCAAGGGCCACAAGCGCCUCUGCCUCUUUCAGGCUUGUGAGUGCCACAAGUGUGUCCUCAUCUUGGAACGUCGAAGAGUCAUGGCUGCCCAGGUGGCCUUGCGCAGGCAGCAGGAGGCACAGCUGAAGAGGCACCUGGCUCAGGGACUGAUGAAACGGGCAACCCCUCUGGAAACUCCCAUCCGUGUCAAGAAGGGAGUCCUUCGGCCAGGGGUCCCUUCUGGGAAGGAGAAUAUAGCGCCCCUGACUCAGAGUCCCCAGGGAGCAGUCCCACUAGUGCUCAUACCCCCUGGGAAGGAAAACUACGGGCCUCUGCUGCCCAGCCGUCCCCCAGAAGCCUUGCCUUUGCCCUGGACUCCAGUGCCUCCUGGUCCUUGGGGCCCUGGACACUGGCCACCCCCAGUGGUAUGCCGCUUGAUAUGCCAAGAACCUGCUGUCCCUCUCCAUCCUUUCCCUGGAUUUGAUCCUGGCUCCUCCCUUCGGCUGCCCACACAUGGAACCCUCCCAGCCUGCCCAGGAUCUCACUCAGUACUGACAACUCCACUUUCUAGAGAGCCCCAAGGACCCCUAAACCUACCUCAUACAUGUUCAACUCUGAUACUGCAGUCUUGUGGUACCCCAGACACUCUUCUACUACAGCCACAGGCCCCUGGAGGCUCUUGCCUGGCCUGGACAUCUACUCCCUCUGAGAGGCAGCUGCAGCGAGAGGCAGCUGAGGCCCUUAUGGGCCUGAAAGAUUCAUCCCAGGCUCCCCGCCUGACCCCAUCUGUCCCCGCAAACCCUGCCUGGAUCUCUCUACUCCACUCCUGUGGCCCGCAAGCUCCACCUGGAGGAAGAGGAUUCCAGCCUGUUGGCCCCCCUCUUCGACCCAGUCCAGCUUCCUCAGUCUCUCUGCAUAUUGGGCGUCUGGGAUCCGUCUCCCUUCUAAGUUAG